AACUAUUAUAGUUAUGCCGCAAUAAGUGUUCUUUUAUUUAACAAAAUAAAACGUCAAAUAUCGUUAACAUUUUUCUUAAAAACCCGAGCGGAGCCGGGCACGCCGCUAGUCGUUAAAUAAAUGUAUUGUCUAUGGUCUAAAUAUAAAUGAUUCUUGGAUUACGGAUGCUCUAAAAGUAUUUAUAAUUGCAUUAUUCGUAGGAAGUGUAAGUAUUAAUGAGACACAUUCGUUGCCAGUCAAUCUGCAUCGAGCAAAGCGCCACAGUUUAUGUUAGUAUUGUUAGUCUCCUUCUAGUCAAGGAGGUUUGGUGUUUACAAAAUAAAUAUGAGUACAGUUUCAAAACGGCCUAACGUUAAACUAGCAAAACUGUUUUACAAAUAUGCAGACGAAUGUAAAAAAGAAGAAAUAAAAACCGAAAUGACGCAAGAAAAAAAGGAAUAUGAGUGUUAUCCGCCAUACAAUUUUUCUUGGUUCGUUGAGAAUAAAAUAGCGGCAAUGGGCUGGCCGCAAACCGUUGAUAAUUUGAAUUAUUUAGUCGAGGUGGGAAUUGAUCAUUUGAUUACACUGUCCCCAGAGAAAUUACCGCCCAUCUUAGAUUGUGAAAGAAAAUUGAGGUGGUCCGAAAUUAGAAUUAAAGAGUUCGGUGCUCCAUCUUUGAAGCAAAUUUUAAAGUUUAUUGCACUGUGUGAACGAGCGGAAAUGAGAGGGGAGGUUCUAGGAGUCCAUUGUCGGCAUGGUCGUGGGCGCACGGGUACUAUGCUGGCGUGCUAUCUCGUUCACUUCAAGCGAAUGGCGCCAGAACGAGCUAUUCUCACGGUUAGAUUGCAGAGACCAGGGUCAUGUGAAACCUACGAGCAAGAAAAAGCAGUCUGUCACUACCAUGACUGCGAGAGGGGAACUAUAACAAAACCUGACUAUCAGAUGGUGGACAGCAAGCUUUAUUUCGAUUUUUCUAUGAAAUAUAUGUUUGACGAUGACGAAACUCCAAAGCACGAGGGUAACCUGACCGACGAAACCACUGAGGAAACCAAAAUAGUGUGCAAAGACCAAACCGUGAAGAUUAAGCUACCUAAGAAAAAAUCUAAGGCUAUGGUUAUCAAUCAUAAAAUUUAUUUUUAGCUUCACUUUUGGCUGUAAGGCUUAGUUGACCUUUGACUUUUUUUCAUUUUGAAUUCCACAGACUAACUUACCGCCACCCUUUUUUUUAUUUGCUGUAAACGGUGAACGAGGCCUUUUGAUUAAUUCGAAAUUUCGCCCGGCUCCGUUACUGAUACGGUACGACAUGUCCUUUUCGUGUAUAAUUCAGACAAAACGUUAUUUCACUAGUUGGCAAGAAAUUUCACACCGAAACUGUAGUAUAGCACUGAGACACCGCAACGUGUUCUUUAGUAUAAGCCGCGCCAAUAAAGAAACGAACCGAAAAUGGUGUCUAUGUACCUGCACCGACAGAUGGUAGGGUCAACAAAUAAAAAGAAAGAUAGAAAGAAAAAGUUGCUUAUUGUAAAAAAAUAAAAAAUAAAAACCAAUGGGAAUGUACUUUACUUUACUUUAUGCCCUGGCAGAGGGGGAAGCGUCUCAUCUGGGAUGCAACUUGUGUAUGUACACUUUAAGUCGCACAACUCGAAAGUGAAAAAACUCGAACUCAACAACAAAGUCAGAACUGAUAUUUUUUUGCAUGCAGUACGCGCCAUGUGCGACUAAAGACAGCAAUAGUUUAGAGUGAGAGCGCAUGAUCGCCGCCGCCAUUUUAGAUUCGUUUCUUUAUUGGCGCGGCUUAUAGUGACAGGCCGACCGUGCCUUCUCUCCGUAAAUAUCGCGCCAAAUCAUUCACUUAGGGCAGGCCACAUUAGGUAACAUAAUAAGCAAAUAUAAUAUAAAAUUCACGUUCAUAAUAAAACAUUUAAAAAUAAAAUGUGUAUGAUUAUGUAAUAUUUUAUUCUCGAUAAUUUAUAAAGAUUUUCUACUGAACAAUAAAUAUUAAUUACGUUUAAAAA